CCCCACUGUCCAACCCGCACUCUGACUCCACAUCAUCCACACCUGAGAGACAGACAGUUGGAGACAGUAGGUGCAGGUCUCACCUGAGCGUACUGUUGUUUGAGAGGUCCGGACAGACGCAGGAUGCAGCAAACAUCAGACCCUAAACUGCAGAACAAGAAACAGAUUAAUCCACCACUUCAGCCCCACCACAACACAGACCUCCAUAUUGGUAUGAUCCGGAUCAAGGGUCAUCACGGCCUGAACAACAUGGCGGUGUUUCGGAAAGGAGUCGUACUUUUUAGAGCCGUGAGGACUUCACUUCACAGGUCAUGGUUCCACCGCUCGGCGGUUCUUCAGUCAAGUUCUACUCCUCAGUCAGGGUUCUUCACUCCAGUUGAAGGCGUCAUGCUGCCAGCGGGAACUUUCAACAACAGAGUGGCCUUCAUCACAGGAGGGGGGACAGGACUGGGCCGAGCCAUGACCACCACCCUGUCACAGCUGGGAGCUCAGUGUGUCAUCGCCAGCAGGAAGUUGGACGUCCUGCAGCAGACAGCCGAGGAGAUCAGCAGCCAGACUGGAAACAAGGUCCACGUGGUUCACUGUGAUGUCAGAGAUCCUCAGGCCGUCUCUCAUUGUGUCGACCAGAUGGAGAGUUUAACAGGACUUCCUAAUGUGAUCAUCAACAACGCAGCAGGAAACUUUGUCUGCCCGUCAGAGAAUCUGUCACCAAACGGCUGGAAGAGCAUCACAGACACUGUCCUGAACGGGACAGCCUUUGUUACUCUGGAGUUGGGCAAGAGACUGAUCCAGAAUCAGAAAGGUGCUUCCUUCCUGGCCAUCACCACUAUCUACGCUGAGUCUGGUUCUGGUUUUGUGGUCCCAAGUGCAUCAGCGAAGGCCGGAGUUGAGGCUCUCUACAAGUCUCUGGCUGCAGAGUGGGGGCGCUAUGGCCACAGGUUCAACAUCAUCCAGCCUGGACCAAUCAAAACCAAGGGGGCGUUCAGUCGUCUGGACCCCACAGGAGCGUUUGAGAAGGCGAUGAUUGGUCGGAUCCCGACGGGUCGACUUGGAAAACCAGCAGAAAUUGCAAACCUGGCAGCGUACAUGAGCAGCGACUACGCUACCUGGAUGUCUGGAGCUGUGAUUCGGUUUGAUGGAGGAGAGUAUGUGUCGAUGGCAGGCGAGUUCAACGAGCUGCGCAGAGUGACUCCAGAUCAGUGGAAGAUUAUGGAGGCGAUGAUCAGAAGCACUAAAGGAUCCUAAAAACGCAUCAACCGAUCUGAUCACUGUGAUGUAACCAUGGAGAUGGUGGGACCCAUCCAUUUGCUGAUGUCAUUAUGAUGUCUUCAUGAUGAGACGACUGACAUCUGAGUUGAGAGUUUUGUUAUUUACAAAACGGCUGAUCGAUCAGCCUCACCAACAGAAAAAACUGUGGGUUUGUAGCUGAUGGGGAUGUCGUGACUGCAUAUGCUUUGGUAAACACAAAUACAUUUGUGACAGUUUGAUAAUAAAACAGUGAAGUUGAAUCCUCA